CUCUCUGUCACAUUUCGCGGAGAAAAUGUCCAAACUUUUGCCACUCCUAACCGUUGCGUUUGUAUUGAUGCCAAUAAGUCGAGCUUGUAAUAACAAUAAAGGCGAAUUAUUCAUGCCAAAAGAACUAGGUCCGGGCUACUACUGGACAUUAAAUCCCGACAAUGUGUUUGGUGGACUUUACCGUCAGUUAAACGCCAAUGUUCCAGCAUUCCCAGGGCCUUUUAUCCCACCAUAUCAACGGCGUACUUUCCAAAAUUCAAAUAAAAGACCUCCACUCAACUUUAGGCUGUCUAACAAAUAUUUCCCAAAGGAAAAAAAUUACGAUAACAAUCAGCAAGCCGAAGGCCGAUUAGCUCUUGGUGGUCUGAAGGCAUCUCUCAUCAACGCUGGGCUAUUCAACAAUCGAUUCACGCCAGCCAACACGUGGAGGCCGUUUUCCAACCUUGCCAACAAGUCGCCCGUAUCUCUAAAUCCCAAUUUGGAAAACUCGAUCUCAACUUUCGACGGAUGCACGUCACCUAACGGGGAAUCCGGAAUUUGCGCUCCAGGAAACAUCUGCGCGCUAUUCGGCGGUCGGCCGAGCGGUUCCUGCCUUCUGGGCAAAGUUUGCUGCAUCAAUGCCAUUUCAAAAUGUGGAGCGAGUGUAACCCUCAACAACACUUUCUGGCAAUCUCCAGCGACCAUUAGCGCCCCGUCUACUUGUUCGCUAACUGUCAAACUGGACGCCAAGUAUCUUGAACAAAAGAUGCCUAUCUGUCAAGUCCGUUUGGAUUUUAUUUCGUUCACGACCGCCCAACCGACAGCCGGAACCUGCACGGAAACGUUUCAAGUUAGCGGAUCAAUUAAUCCGGUGCCAAUUAUUUGUGGCGACAACAGCGGACAGCACAUGUAUCUAAACGUCCCGUCAUCCGACACUACUCCAACUGACGUCCGUUUAAUGUUCAAUUUCCUAGCUGGGGCCGGCAGUGGUUCGCGUUCAUGGAAAAUCAAAAUCGCUAUGCUCCCGUGCGGAGCCUCAUACCUCGCCCCGAAAGAUUGCCUGCAAUUUUUCAGCUCAUCUUCCGGUACCGUCAAAUCGUUUAAUUGGAUGGACGUCGCUGGCGCCGCCACCCGUCAACUCAACAAUCAAAAUUACGACAUUUGCUUCCGGACUGCGGAAGUUAACAACCAGGUCGCAAAUCGGUUGUGCGUGUCAGUUUGCGCUGUGACAAAUGGUGGCGACGCUUUCUCCAUCACUUCGAUUCCGGUUUUGGCCAACACUGCCAAUUCCGCAGUUGGCACAGUUACUCCCAACCCGGCACCUCCACCGGCAGUUGAUAUCGCCGUUUGCCUCUACGAUUUUCUCCUCAUCGCCCAAGGGACAGAUCCGGCCACCGGAGUAGUUGCGGAUCGUUUUUGCGGGAAUCAAUUGAAUCCGGCACUGGCCGGAGCACCCACCAGCGUCUUAGUGUGCACUCGGACUAGACCGUUCAGGCUCACCUAUCAAACGGACAAUACGGAAGGCGCGGUGGUUGUGAAUCCGGCGACGGGGAUUUUAGUUCCGGCGUUUGGAGAUGCGGGAAACGUUGGAUUUUGUCUCGACUUUCAACAGAGAACGAAUUAAAUUGUACUGCUAUUGUUACCCUCGUAUUUCAUUGUAAACGUAAACAUUGUCAUGUAGCGCCUAUGUAUCUAGUUAUCCGGCUGCGUCAUCAUUUCGAUUCGGCAAUACUAUAUUACACGAGUUAUUUAAUGAA